CUUUUGGCAAUAUUAAUGACUCAAUUGCAAAAUGCCCUGAAAUAUCAGCUAAUACGUUCGAAUAUUUUUCCAUUUGACGAAAUAUCCAUUUGAUGUCGUGAUUGUGGGGAAGUGUAACUGCGGCGGCGGCUUUUUUUUUCUCUCUUUUUUUCCUGACGAACGCCACAAGUCACUUCAGUAGUCUCAGUCGCGCGGAGUCCGCCGUUGGAGCUGCGCUCGCACGGCGGUCAUUAAUAUUUGUUUAACAUUACAGUGACCGGUAAAUUUACCGAGUAAAAAGUUCUGUGACUAUUCCCUAGGAUCAUUGUUUUGUGAGGUGCUAUCGUUUUUAUCAAACUGUCGCAACACACGCUCAGCGAAGAAAUGUCCCUCGAGGAGUCACGACGCUCGCAGAGGCCGUAUCGCUAUGGUAUGGUGUUAUUAUGCGUUGGUGCAUUGAUAAACUGGCUAGGACUUGCUGAAAAUUAUGUUGAACCAGUUAGAUACGUCGGUGUUGCGUGUAUAGUUGCUGGUGCACUUUUAAUAUGCGCUGCUAUGUGCUGUUGGUUACAUGCACCACCAACUAGGACUAAUGUACAGGCACAACAUACCGCACACCCACAUACGGUACAGAUCGAUGAUCCGAUACAUGUGAUAUCGAUGGACGAGUCGUCGGUGGGUGCGAGACAAAAGCCACCGGACUACGAGGCCGUUGCCGACGCGCCGCCGAGUUACGAUGAUGCUAUCAAGUUAAAUCCAGGACAACUGAUACCACAGGCCAAUACCGGUGUCAGCACAACUCUUGAUGGUGUGACAACAGUCCCAGGAACAGCUAUUGUUUCCGAUGAGUCAACCGUACCUACGCCUCCACCGCCUUAUGCCAGGUGAGACCCGCUAUCAGGCAGUUCUCAUGGGCUCCCCAGGGUCCACCGAAAUCUGUCAAACAACUCAAGAUCCUAUAAUUCAGUUCGUCCAACGAAUUCAAAUCGAUUCAGUCAAAUGGGUAUGACAAGAUCGACGAGAGCUGCUAGUCUAGUGAGCGGUUGUAAUCGCUCAUAUGAAGUCAGACCGGCGAUUAAUGAGGCGACAAGACUGCGAGCCCAAAGUGUUCACGUACUCUACGCACAUGUACCUUUUAAUUUGGAUAGAUGAGGCCUCAUCGAUGUCCCGUUGAAAAAUAAGAGAUGAGACCGAAAAUGGCUAUUUUGUCAAUAAUUAUUUAUAAAUCAUUAUUUAAUGUGAGAUAUCGUACGGUACCUGCUUGAGUGCAUUCCUGCUUUCCUGAUAAUCAUUCCCGGAAGUGAGGGGAUACUAUUUGAAAUUAAGGAGAAAUCAUGUUUUAGGUAGCUGAUUGGUGUAUCUUCGUGGUAUCGCGAGAAUUUAUUUCUUGCAACGGAUAUUUCAGAUUGUUGAGAAGAAAUUUCUUGGGACAAGCAUUCCGGAUUACGUGCCAGACAAUGGCAGAUUUUGAUCAAGUGUUUGUGACUUUAACACGAACAUUUCAUGAUAAAGUGAGAAUUUGUUGACAUAAUAAAUCGGUUUCGGAAAUACUCUGCCAUUUUUUAAACUCGAGAGAUUAUUUUUGCGAUAUCAUGUGGAUUAUUUCUCUCAGUGUAAUAGGAGAGUGCGUUGAACGUGUCAUAGUGAUGAUGAAUCUAGUUUCUUUGUCCAUUGGGGAUGAUUUUUUUUUUGUAUAAAAUAGGGUGUAACGGUAGAGAUAAAGAAAUUGAUAGAGCGAUUGUGAUAGGAUUGAGUUCUAUCGAGUGAAAUGGGGUCAAACGAUUUUCGGUUUAUCUGACGAUUGCGGAAAGGGAUGAUUUUGGGGGCUGGGGGACUAAAAAUUGUGUCAUUGAAUAGAACCGGGGGAAUCCCAAAUCGAAUUUUUCGGGGCGCGACUAAAAGACCGGAUGUCCGGUCAAUUCCACCGACAGAAAGAAAUCUUUUUAAUAAUUUGAAUGGAAAUGUUCCCUGAAUUUGUAAUCACGACAUUUUUAAUUUCGUCUGGCUAGUGUUCCCCGGAUUUAUCCACGAAAAACUUCUCGUUUCAAAAAAUAUUAAGUUCAAUGAAAUAGAUUUUUUUUUCAGUCACAUUUUUGUCAAUGAAUUCUUCGAUUCUCGUCGGAAAAGUGAGUGUUGCUGGCGGUUGUACGAAAAUUUUCUUUUUAUACAUGAGAAUUUAUUAAAUAAAUAGAAAAUACAGGA